AUGCUGCCUUGUUUCCAGCUGCUGCGCAUAGGGGGAGGUAGGGGCGGUGAUCUCUAUACUUUCCACCCUCCCUCUGGGGCUGGCUGUACCUACCGCUUGGGCCGCAGGGCCGACCUAUGUGAUGUGGCCCUGCGGCCCCAGCGGGAGCCUGGCCUUAUUUCUGGGGUGCAUGCGGAGCUGCACGCUGAGCGCCAGGGUGAUGACUGGAAGGUCAGCCUGGAGGAUCACAGCAGCCAAGGAACCUUAGUCAAUAAUGUCCGACUCCCAAAGGGUCACAGGCUGGAGCUGAGUGAUGGUGAUCUCUUGACCUUUGGCCCUGAAGGGUCCCCAGGAACCAGCCCCUCUGAAUUCUACUUCAUGUUCCAACAAGUUCGAGUCAAGCCUCAGGAAUUUGCAGCCAUUACCAUCCCGCUGUCCCAGGGAGAAGCAGGAGCUGGGGGUGGUUUUCAGCCCAUGCUCCCCUCUCAGGGGGCUCCACAACGGCCCCUUAGCACUCUCUCCUUCACCCCAAAGGCCACACUGAUUCUCAACUCCAUCGGCAGCCUCAGCAAGCUCCAGCCUCAGCCCUUUACCUUCUCCCGAGGUGGGGGUGGGCCCCAGGGCCUGGCCCUUUCCACUCCCCCUGGCGAAGUGGGGACCACCCCCUGCCCACCCCCACCCCCCAGAAACCGGAGGAAAUCUGCUCACCGAGUGUUGGCAGAACUGGAUGACGAGAGGGGACCUCCUGAGAGCCCCCCACCCAUCCUCAUGGAGCCUAGGAAGAGACUCCGAGGAGAGAAAGCUCCACUGACACCCAGUGGAAACCGUCGUGGGCGUCCUCGGAAGCACCCAGUGAGCACCCCUUUGAUCCCCCCUGCAUUUGGGGGUGGGGAGCCCUGUGCAGCUCUUCAGUGCUGCCUGCCCCAAGAAGAGACAGUGGCCUGGGUUCAGUGUGAUGCUUGUGACACCUGGUUCCAUGUGGCCUGUGUUGGCUGCAGCAUCCAGGCUGCCAGGGAGGCUGACUUCCAAUGCCCAGGGUGUCGUGUUAGCAUCUGA